AUGAGUCUUGCGUCGCGUGCGUCGACAGGCACCCUGCCGUCAGACGCGGGCCAGUACCCCGCCGAGCGUCAAGGCCAGAACAAAUCUCCGAAAGCACUGCUCUACCGUCUAUAUAUAUCACACACCCUCUCCACCUGGAACGCGCGAACCUUCGAGUUCGGUGCCGUCAUCUUCCUCGCGGCCAUUUUCCCCGGGACCCUGUUCUUCGCAUCGUGUUAUGCGCUGUUCAGAUCUGCUGCUGCCGCCGUCUUUGGCUCUUGGAUCGGCAGCUUGGUCGACAGCAAGAACCGGCUCCAUGUAGUGCGCCAAAGCAUCGUAUGGCAGCGGCUGUCUGUCGCACUGUCGUGCCUCAUUCUGAUUGUGCUGCUGGCUGGCAAGUCUCUGGGCGGCCUGGUGCUGCAUGGGCUGUUUGCUGUCGUGGUUGCACUAGCAGGCGUGGAGAAGCUGGCUUUUGUCGCCAACACAGUCGCCGUCGAAAGAGAUUGGAUCAUUGUUGUCUCGGAUAGUUUGGGCGUCGACAGAUUAGAGCUGAACAGCGCAAUGCGCCGCAUCGAUUUGAUCUGCAAGCUGAUCGCACCGCUUGCCAUCGGUUUGCUCGACGGAUACUCGACAAGACUCGCCAUCUGGAUUGUAUUUGGACAGAACGCCAUCAGCGUGCUCGCCGAGUAUUUCGCCAUCGCGCAGGUGUACGCUGCGGUACCUGAGCUUGGCCACGGAAAACAGCAAGGAAACACCACCGCGGCAUCAGCUGAAACCCUGGACGCACCGGCCGGCACACACGCCGGCACACACGCCGUCCCGUCACGAUCCACCCUGCACGCCCUCAAGAACAACAUGCGACCAUGGAAGGAUUACAUCCAAAACCCAGCCUUCCUCGCCUCCUUCUCCCUCUCCCUGCUCUACCUCACCGUCCUCAGCUUCGCCUCGCAGAUGACCACCUACCUCCUCACCCUCGGCUUCACCAGCACCCACGUAUCCAUCAUGCGGCUCGCAGCCGUCAUUCUCGAACUCUCCGCCACCUGCGCAGCGCCACUCCUGAUGAACAAAAUCGGCGCCGUGCGCUCCGGGUUGUGGUUCAUAAACGAGCAGCUCCUCUCCAUUGUGCUAGCCAUCACCUUCUUCGCGGCCACAACGACACAAACGCACCUCAAGCUCGCCAGCCUUGCCCUCGUCGCCGGCGUCGCUCUCAGCCGGCUCGGCCUGUGGGGGUUCGAUCUAUGCGUGCAGUACCUAGUGCAAGAAGACAUCCCCGCGUCGUCGCGCGGCUCCUUCUCCGCGACCGAAAUGUCGCUGCAGAAUGUCUUCGAGCUGCUCAGCUUCGCGACCACCAUCAUCUUCUACCGCCCCGAGGACUUCAAGUACCCCGUGUACAUCAGCGCCGCUGCCGUCGCCGUCAGCGCUGCGUGCUUCGCGGCGUUUGUGAGGCAGAAGCGCGGGCACUUGCUGCACGCGAGUCGCUGCCUCAAGCGCGCGGGGAAAAGCGGGCGCUAUCAGAUCCUGCCCACCAUCGCAGAGGAGGUGGAGAUGGAGGUGGAGUUUGAGGAUCGGAGGCAAAGUGAAGUGAGAUGA